AAGGGGAGGAAUUGACCUUUGAUUAUAAUGCAGAACGAUAUGGGUCUGAAGCUCUAGCUUGCCAUUGCGGUGAAUCAAAUUGUCGUGGUAUUAUUGGAGGGACCAAAGAAACUGGCGAUUCUAUUUUAUCACAAGAUUUAAUCGAAGCUGAACAAUUGAAACCGAUACAAAGUUGUGAUGACGUAUUGCCAUUCAUUGGGCUUAUGCUUCGUUCAAUUGAUAAACCAGCGAUGGUACCGGGGUUGUUAUACAGGCUACGGAUUACAAACGAUAUUGGUAUCCUUAAAAUGUUUAUGAAGCUACAUGGCUCCAUAAUGCUCAAAACAUAUUUACGUGAAUAUAAGGACAAUGAUGAUAUUCUCGAAAAGGUUGGAACACUGCGUUCAAUGAUUAAUAUUUAA